CGGUGAACUAAUCAGUGUUGAAACGCAGCAGGUCGCGACGUCCCCGUCAACUCCAGGAGGAAGCACGAGUCGAGAGGAGCCGAGCAGCUUCAAACGAACCCGACGUCUGCUUUCACUUCCUCCGCCGGACGGCGACAAGUGGCACUUUCUCCACCGGAGGGGGAGCCGGGUUUGUGGGGAGAAUUAAAGCGACUGAGGCGUCCAGUUUCCCAAGUUGUUCUCCGCUCACCUCAUCAUGGCUUCAACGACCUGCACCAGGUUCACCGACGAGUACCAGCUGUACGAGGAGCUGGGCAAGGGGGCCUUCUCUGUGGUGAGGCGCUGCAUGAAGAUUUCCACGGGGCAGGAAUACGCUGCCAAGAUAAUCAAUACAAAGAAGUUGUCAGCCAGGGAUCACCAGAAGUUGGAGCGAGAGGCAAGGAUCUGCCGCCUGCUCAAGCAUGCCAACAUUGUGCGGCUCCAUGACAGCAUCUCAGAAGAAGGAUUCCACUAUCUGGUCUUUGACUUAGUUACUGGUGGAGAGUUGUUUGAGGACAUUGUUGCCAGGGAGUACUACAGCGAAGCCGACGCCAGUCAUUGCAUUCAGCAGAUCCUAGAGGCUGUGCUCCACUGCCACCAGAUGGGCGUGGUCCACCGCGACCUCAAGCCAGAAAAUUUACUCUUAGCCAGCAAGUUGAAGGGGGCAGCAGUCAAACUGGCAGAUUUUGGCCUUGCUAUUGAGGUGCAGGGAGACCAGCAGGCAUGGUUCGGUUUUGCCGGUACACCGGGGUACCUGUCUCCAGAGGUGCUGAGGAAAGAUGCAUACGGCAAGCCAGUAGACAUGUGGGCCUGUGGCGUGAUCCUCUACAUCCUCCUGGUGGGAUACCCUCCAUUCUGGGAUGAGGACCAGCACAGACUCUACCAGCAGAUCAAAGCUGGAGCUUAUGAUUUCCCUUCUCCUGAGUGGGAUACAGUGACUCCAGAAGCUAAAGACCUGAUCAACAAGAUGCUCACCAUUAAUCCAGCCAAGAGAGUGACAGCCACUGAUGCACUCAAACACCCCUGGAUCUGCCAACGCUCCACUGUGGCCUCCAUGAUGCACAGACAGGAGACGGUGGAGUGCCUGAAGAAAUUCAACGCGAGAAGGAAACUCAAGGGUGCUAUCCUGACUACUAUGCUGGCCACUCGCAACUUCUCAGUAGCCAAGAGCCUGCUGAACAAAAAAGCGGAUGGCGUCAAAGAGUCCAGUGAGAGUGCCAACACCACCAUUGAGGACGAGGACGUGAGAGCUCGUAAGCAGGAGAUCAUUAAAGUCACCGAGCAGCUGAUUGAGGCCAUCAACAAUGGAGACUUUGAAGCCUACACGAAGAUUUGUGACCCCGGCCUCACGUCCUUUGAGCCUGAGGCCUUGGGCAACUUGGUGGAGGGCACCGACUUCCACCGCUUCUACUUUGAGAAUGCUCUGUCCAAGGGGAAGCCUGUCCACACCAUCCUGCUCAACCUCCACGUCCACCUGAUCGGGGACGAGGCCGCCUGCAUCGCCUACAUCCGCCUCACCCAGUACAUUGACGGCAGCGGCAUGCCUCGCACCAUGCAGUCAGAGGAGACCCGCAUCUGGCACCGCCGCGACAGCAAGUGGCAGAACAUCCACUUCCACCGCUCCGGCUCGCCCACCGUGCCCGCCAAUUGAGAGGACAGCUUCCAGCCUACAACAGUCAGACAAACAGACCCCGCCCACCAAGUGUCCGUCAAAUCCCUCAGCCAAUCCCUGCCCACACUAGCUAGAGCUCCGCCCUCUCAGUGUGUUGUUUACAUAUUGUCACUGCUGGGACAGGAAAUUAUUGUACACGUUGAAAAACAACUUCAAGUCUCGACAAUAUAAUUUUGUAGUGAGAGUGUGGGAUUGUGGGAGUUUUUUAGAUCAGUAUGUUUAAAAUAGAGGAGCCAGAUGAUCCAGUUAAUUCAUUUUGAUUUGCCUGGUGAAAUAUGUGAAACUCGCAGUCAUCAUGAAGUGACAGUUUUUCAUUUGAAUCGUGCACAUAUUGAGCUGUUGUGAUGUUUCUGCCUUUUGGCACAAUGACCAAUACAUCACAUAUCUGCUUUUUACUCUUUUAAAUCUAUUAAAGCUUGCUUUUGGUCCGUUUUGAUAAUUGUUGUGAAUCGCUCUCUUUGCUUAAUCUUUAGCCAUAUCCAUAUGAACUGAGUCGGCUCAUUUUACACAAAUAGUAUGUUUACAAGGAAUUUUAACUUCAUGUUUUAUAAGGGAAAAUCAAAUGAAACGUGUUGAACCAUCAUCACACAUGAGAAGAGUCUUAUGAUGGAAUAUAUAGAUUACAAUCCUAGAAAACCAUUCUGCGACUCUUUCCAGUCGAAUCAUAUUUUCAUACAGUUAGGAACUAAUGAUGUGAUUUUUAUCAGCUAAUUUGUUGUUUACUUUUGAUAUUGUUGAUACUUGUCAUUAUUAAUGCUUUCCUUUAAGCCCUUCCUCCUUUAUUCCAUGUCUGACUGGUGUAUGCCAAUGUUUUACAGCAACACGUUAGCCAUUACUUUUAUAAUGAGGGAAUUCAAUUUUUAGUCAGAAUUACUAUCACCAUUCUAGUUCUUGUUAUGUUACUCUAUUUUAUUGUCACUGUUAAAUGAAAGGGAAAGGGGAUUGUUUGCAUCACUUACAGAUACAUAUCUUAAGGUUCAUAUUUAAUACACUUCAGAUUAGGAUGCUGCAUAUAAAACUAAUGGAAGAAUAAAUGCCAGAAUCAAAGCACAGGCAAGGUUUAAGAUAAAGCCACAGGGUGUCCACUGAGGAUUAGGUUUUUGGAAACGAAUUUGAGAUUGUUUUGCAUUCUUUUGUGAAAACAUUUGUCCCUCAUACGCCACACUUUGUUUUGAUCUGUCUAAGAUGCAUUGAAAUUGGUGAUGGGACAUUGGUAACCUGAUGUAUGUUUAAGAAAUAUCAAAUAAAAGUGUGAUACAUGCCAAAGGAAA